AUGGAUUAUACCUUCUACCAAGAUUCUCUGAAAAAUGCUAAUGUAGAACUUUAUAAUUAUUUGACCUAUAUUCCUCAUGUUCCAUCUUUAUCAGAUACAAAACCAGAGGUUACUGUAACAUUUUCAAAAAAUACUAUACUUAUACUUCAAACAUCAGAUCAGCGAAUGACAGGAUCAUGUGGAUUGAAAUCAAUGGAAUUUUCUAGAGAAGAUGAAUAUCCACUUACUUCGUACGUAACAAAUGGUACUUUUUCCUAUACAGAUUCUAAAUCUAUACUUCCUGGAUCAGUAAACUCAAAUACUGAAUAUUAUGCUGAUAUUAAUUUAAUGAAUAAUCAAAAUAUGAGGCUUCGAUCCGGUUCUUAUGUUCUUACAUUUGCAUCUGGUCAAUCAUAUAAUAUUAGCCAAAAUCAAUUCAUCGCAUUCCACACACCUAAAGAUCAAAAAAUAUGUGAUGUCACAGCUUCAGUGAAAUCUGGCAAAAAUUCAGAGACAUUACUUGGAAAUACAAGCAUCUAUGGAGUUUAUUACAAGUCUGAUGGCCAACUAACACUCAAUUCAACUAAAAAAUACUCAUCAUUAUAUGUCACGGUUUAUUCAGCAAAUUCAGGCGAUGGUUUUUUCGAUGAAAUGUUUGUUUUGCUAGGUAAUACAUCUCAAUUUAUCAUAACAGAUAAUCAUCCCCAGGCAGUAGCAGGGCCUGGAAUUUCAAUCGUGAAGAAGGAUGAUUCAUUACGUUUCUACUCUGCUUUUGUACCAGGAACAAUAUAUAUUACAACUUUGUAUAUACCAUGGAUACGUUUCCACCGAGCUGACACAAAUAAUCUUCAAUACUUCACCACAGAUUGGGAUAACAUAACGAGCACAAAAUAUUUCCAAUAUCCUAUUAUGAUUGAUGUUAGACAUGCUUCUUAUAUUGGAAAAGAAGAAGAUCUUUAUGGGUCGUAUGGAAUUUUCGCUUCAUCAGAUGAAUAUUAUUUUAAAUCUCUUAUACUAGAGAAUGAUGAAAAGGCAGCUGCUCGGUUUGUAAUUAUUAGUGAUUACGAUCCCACCAUAGAAAUCAUAAUUAUUGUUUGCAUGGUAGUUGCCAUUAUUAUUGUAGUUGUUUUAAUCGUUUUAUGUUGUUACUGCUGCUGUUGCAAGAAGAAAAGCUGCUGUUGUAUGAAGAAUAACAAAGUUAAUGCCGAAAGUCAAUCUUCUUCUUCAGAUUCUUCAUCAAAGAAGAAAGAUUCUCUUCAAAAUUCACCUCCUCAGCCUAUGAGCUACGAAGUACAGUCCCCGCAGGAGGGAUCUCAGCCAAUCAAAACUCAGGAUAUUCCUGUAAAUCCCUGA